AUUCUCGCCGUUUUUUAUGAAAUGGAAUGUCGAACGAAUUGAGUAUAAGCAAGAAAAUUACAUUACAAGUAUUCUCUAUAUAUAAAAUUAUAUUUUGUAAUAAAAAUUAAAAUAAAAAAUUAAACGGCAAUUUUUGACUCCGUAGGGUAUCUUAAAGUAGUAUUAAGAAUCUCAUUUGAACUCCCCGACGUCAGCUGGUACAUGAGAACAAGCGAGCAGACAGAAAUGGCGGCGCUAAUGCAAGGUGUUCAGUAUGGUUUGUCAUCGCAAGGAACUUUUGAUGAAAAUAAGUCUUUGAUUUUUGUGAAACUUACAGAUUCUGCGUUCCGUGCUAUUGAAGAAUAUUUGAGGAAUAAGCUAUCCUCUGUGGCACGAGUAAUUAUUUGUGCAAAUGCUGACAUAAGGAUACCCAAGCUGAGGAGUGCAGAAAACCACAUAAAUGUACCUGUGGAACCAUAUGGAGUGAAGAACAGAAUCAGCGCCACACCACAAAUACAGUUCCUAGGAAAUGAAGGGCACUUAUCGUUCCCAUCUAGCAACGAAACGAGUCACCGUUUCACAUUCAACCUCACCAGCAAUGCGGACAUCGAGGGGCCCCAAGGCAGCUUUGAGUGCAUUCAGCAGAACAGCACAAAGAACCUGGAGAAUCUGGGGGCGCUGCAGUGCAAAAUGCGCAUUCAGGCCAAGGACGACGUGUACGAGGCCACUCGCCAUAGGAUGGCCGUAGCAGAAGAGGCGCAGAAGAAGAACCGGGAACGACUUAUUCAAAUGCUUGCUGUUAGGAACUAUAAAAAGCCUGAAUUAGUUGAUCGUUUAUAUAGGGAUGGACUGAGAGAAAGAGACAAAAAAGCGAUGACAGAUGUACUGAAACAAGUCUCCAUGCUUCGUGACAACACCUACCAGCUCUUAAGACACUUAUGGAAUGAUGUACAGGAAAAUUGGCCCUUCUACUCAGAACAGGAGCGGCAGAGUCUCAAAAGGUGAAUUUUGUUACCAUUAUCUAAUACUUCUAGGUCCAGUUGAAUGUAACAAAUUAAAGAUGCUAUUGUAGGAACUUUUACUUAAAACCACUAGAAAUGGGACUGGCUUGAAAUCUCAAAUUUAGAUUGAGAAUAAGAUAUAGUAAAUUUUUUGGGCUUAAACACAGCUGAUAAAAGAUUAUGUGAAGACAGAAUUAUAAGCUUCAAACCUAUUAUUUAUAACACAUGCUUAACUAAACAAG